GACUAUGCAAAAUACUCAAACGGCCAUGGAAAAAAAAGCAAAGUCCUAUACUCUUUCUUGCAUUCUUUUUCUCUUAUAUAUCUUACAUUUCAACCCCAUCUCUCCCACCCUCUUCUAUCAUACAAGAACAGCAAGAAACAAACAAUGGCACCUUCCCUUCACUCUAAGUUCCUCACAUGUCAGCUCGUUGCUUUGGUUUCAAUCUUCAUCUUCAGCACCACCUUGUAUGCAAUUGACCCUCCUUUAACAUUGGACUACUAUGCUUCUACUUGCCCUAGUGUCUUCGAUAUUAUCAGGAAAGAAAUGGAAUGUGAAGUGCUCUCAGAUCCUCGUAAUGCAGCUCUUGUAGUUCGAUUACAUUUUCACGACUGCUUUGUUCAGGGAUGUGAUGGAUCGGUUUUGCUAGACGACACAAUCACCUUGCAAGGGGAGAAGAAAGCUUCACCGAAUGUGAAUUCUCUAGUAGGUUUUAGAAUCAUUGAUAAGGUCAAGAACAAAGUGGAAUCUGAGUGUCCUGGAAUAGUCUCUUGUGCAGAUAUCCUCACCGUAGCUGCAAGAGAUGCAGUAAUUCUGGUUGGUGGACCUUACUGGGAUGUUCCUGUUGGAAGGAAAGAUUCUAAGACUGCAAGUCUUGAACUUGCAUCAGCAAAUAUCCCAACUCCAGAUGAAGGUCUGCUAUCCAUCAUUUCCAAGUUUCUUUAUCAGGGCCUCUCUGUUACGGAUAUGGUAGCUCUUUCAGGUGCACACACCAUAGGCAUGGCAAGGUGUGCGAAUUUCCGAUCAAGGAUUUAUGGAGACUUCGAAACAACUUCAGGUGGAAGUCCAAUGUCUAAGACAUACCUGAACAGCCUGAGAUCUACAUGUCCAGCUGCUGAUGGAGGAGACAAUAACAUAUCAGCAAUGGACAAUGUCACGCCUAACCUUUUCGACAACUCUUACUAUCAGAUUCUCCUGAAAGGAGAAGGAUUGUUGAAUUCUGACCAAGAACUAUACUCAAGCAUGCUUGGAAUUCAAACAAAGCAGCUCGUUUUGAAGUAUGCUCAUGAUCCUAUUGGUUUCUUCCAGCAAUUCUCAGAUUCAAUGGUGAAAUUGGGAAACAUCACAAAUCCGGACAGCUUUGUCAAUGGUGAAGUCAGGAAAAAUUGCAGAUUUGUUAACACAUGAGCUGCCAGAAUGACUGGCAUGUGUGUCUACAGUUAAUUAAUUGAAAUUUGUUUGUCAUGUCAAGUAGUGAAACUAAAACACAGUUUAAUAUGUAUAACAGCUACUGGAUACUGGAAUUCUAUUUCUCUUUGAUUCAUUUUUAAUAGAUAAAAGAUUAUGUUUAA